UAGUAAAAUUUUAAAAAUUAUUGAGAAGAUUAAUUUUAUUUAUUUAUUUGUAAUAAAAUAGGUUAAUAAAAUUAAAUUACUCUUAAUGGGGGUAAAAUUAUUUUCCUGAAAUUAAGAGAAGAUGAACAUGGUCCUAAAUAAAAUAAUAAAAAAUGUUAACCUACAUUUAGGAAUUUGCGUCCACAAAAUUGUUUGCGAAUCUGUUGUGUGCGAUAUAUAGAUUGUUUAGGAUGCGUCCGGGAAAAGAGACAUGCACUCUGUGGGGAUGUAUACUAUAAAUGCGGAUGGUGAAUGCUGGAUCCGUGCAGAUUCACAAUUCGUUGUCCUUCGUGAAGCAAUCUCGGGAAACGAGAACACCAGUGAUCUUGUCUAACUUCCCAGCAGCAGCAGCAGCAAUAACGAUCGAGGAGAAAAGAUCGUUAACGAUCUCCAAUAUUUUUGUACAGUCUCUAUAUCGUUGGAUAAUAAACAAGAUGAUUUCAGGGAGAUGAAUGUGAUCCUUCUUGUUGCCGCUACAAUUCUUGCAGUUGUUUCAUCAGAACCGAUUGGAGACAGACGAACGAGGGAUGUAAAAGAUAUCGUAACUGGUGGACCAAUUGAUGGAAAUAAUUCAUCUCAUUCGUUAAAUGAAAAUGAAUCUGAGGAUUAUGAUCAGACCAAUGGGAGUAAUUGGCUGGCUGCUGUGCCUGGAGUUCCUGGCAAGGAUUAUCCUAAUCUCAAUUUUAUUCCCAAAACAUCCUUCACUUGUUCCGAUAAGAAACCCGGAGGAUAUUAUGCAGACAUUGAAACACGUUGUCAGGUUUUCCACGUCUGCAAUGUGGGAGAUGUGAAGAGUUCUUUUCUAUGUCCACCAGGCAGUAUUUUUAAUCAAAAAUAUUUAGUUUGCGAUUGGUGGUAUGAUUUCGAGUGUGAGCAUGCAAGUGAUCUUUUUUCCUUUAAAGACACAUUGAAUCGCGAACAAUUGGAAUCAAAUUUCAAUAAUAAUAAUAAUGAAAGAAAUGAAGAAUUUUAUACAAAUUCUCAAUUAACUUCAUCUAGACAAGAAUCAUCAUCGUUUGCCUAUCAGGAAAAUAAUUCUGUAAAUGACGCACAAGAUUUGUCACUCGCUGGCACUGGUGAAGGUGGACUUGGCUAUUCGAGAAAAUCGAAUAGACAAUAUGAAAAAACAGAUAAUUCACAACAAAAUACAAGAGUUCCAAAUCAAAUUGAUCAUCGAAAUACUAAUUCAACGAGGCAAUUGUCAAAAAUUUCAAAUUCUCAUACCAAUAACAAAAAUGAUGAUUUUCGAUAUCAAACUAGUAAAAAUUCCAACAAUGAGGGAAAUUAUCAUCAGAAUGAUAAUAGCAGAAAUUAUCAACAAAAUUUAAAUAAUGAAAGAAAUCGUCAAAUUAAAAAUGAAAAUUAUCAAAGUGAAAAUACAAAUUACAAUAACAAUUAUCAAAACAAUAAUGAAAAUUACAAUCGAAAUUAUCAAAGUAGAAAUGAUAAUUAUCAAAAUAUCAAUGAAAAUAUAAAAAGAAAAGAAAAUGAAAAUUAUAAUCAAAAUUAUCAAAAUGAAAAUAACAGAAAUUAUCAAAAUAUCAAUGAAAAUGCAAAACAAAAUUAUCAGACUACCAAAGAAAAUAAAAAUGAAUUUAUAAAUCAAAAUUCCAAUGAAAAUAGAGAUAAAUUACCAGAUUUAAUACCAAGAGGAUUUGCCGUUAAUUACGGUAAGAAUACAAAUUUUAAAAAUAAAAUUUCCCCAAAUAAUCAACAAGACAAUUUUUUCAUUACCACUCCGUCGGUUAUUAAUUAUCUUCGUAAAGAUGAAUCAAAUAUCCAACAAGAAAAUUACAAUAUCCCCUAUCAAUCAACAGAAAAUUCAAAAAAUCAUCAUCAUCAUCAAGACAAUGAAAAUAAUGAUGAAACAAUUUUCACUAUAGACGAAGAAGAUGCAUUUGAUCGACAAAGACAAUUAGAAGUUGAUAAUACAAUUUUAAAUAAAAAAUUAAAUUUCGAAAAUACUGAUGAAUUUAAUUUCGAUUAUGAUUCUGAAUCGAGAAUUUUAUCUUCCGAAAGGCCACCAAAUAAUAAUAAUAAUGACAAUAAUAAUUAUUAUUACAAUUAUUAUAAAGAUAAUACAAAUUCUCAUUUUUCAUCAUUAAAUUCAAAAAUUGGGGAAAAUCUCACAAAACAAUAUAAUGAUGAUCGAAUUGAAAAUUCAGAUGAUUUUAAUAAUGGACCAAAUUCUCAUUAUAGAAAACCGGAUAAUAAUUUACGUCCGCCAAAUUUUUCGACUGUAAAUUCAAAUUUAAAAGAAUCUGCAAACAAAGAAACUGCUCAUUAUUCUGACAUAAUACCAAAUUCAAAAGACAAUGAAUUCUUUUUAUCCUCGACGACGGGGUCAAGAUCAUUUAAUCAAAUUAAUAAUGAAUUUACGACAACUGUUCGCGAUAAUUCGAGGUUAAAGAAUGAAAAAUCUGAUUUACAACAAAAUAAUGAAAAUCAUCAACAAAAUGCUUAUGAUUAUAAUGCACAAAGUCAUUAUCAAACAUCAUCUAAUUAUGAAAAUUCGAAUCAAUCUCAAGCAAAGGAAUAUUAGUUUAAUUAAUUUUUGACAAUUUUUUAGUUAAAUUAAUUUCGUAAAAAAAAAUUAUUAUUUUUUUUUAAUAUUAACGAAUUUCUUUAUAUAUUUUUAAAUUUGAUUAAUAUUUUAAUUAAUUUAAAAAAAAUUUUAAUAAAUUAAAAUAAUUUUUUUUAUUAGUAUAAGUUAAUAAAAUAUUUCUCUAAAAAUUUUUUUUAAAUCUAAA